AUAUUUCUACGAAAGCUGCACUCUCCUAUAGUCGUAACCGUUGGUCAUGCAUUUUUCCAUAUAUGCAGUCGUAAUACUUUCGGUUGGACGCUUACGUGGCGCGAAACCUGAGGAACAGGAUAUGGAUGCGGAAAUUAGAGAUGCAAUCGAAGAGUUGACAGAGAGCAACAAUCAUAUCCAAAUGCAAUUAAAUUUGAUACAAUCCGAAUUGGAGAAACAAUCAAGAGCAAUAGAACAAAUGGAGGAGCACGCAGAAGAUACAAAUGAUAAAUUGGAAACUAUUUUGGAGCAAUCACAAGAAGCAAACCAAAAAUCUCUUGAAUUCAUUAAUGAACUUCGGAACAAUUUACGCGAAAUCACCGCAAAAAUUAACGAAAUUGCUGGCAGACAUCAGCCAAAUUCUCCAGUUGAUAGAGUCGGCGAGCCUAAUCCUUCCGGCUACAGUUAUCCCAAAAGUUGCGCCGAUCAUAACAGCAAUUAUUGCGAAGACGAAACCUGUCGCAUAAAAAUUUCUCGGUUUUCUACGGAGUUUUUGGUUCCGUGUGAGUAUGAUAUGAAUGGAGAUGGAUGGACCAUAGUGCAGAAACGUUAUAACGGUUCCGUCGAUUUUCACCGCAAUUGGGUCGAUUAUAAAUCAGGUUUCGGUAAUGUGCACGGUGAAUUUUGGAUUGGUUUAGAUAAAUUGCAUGUUCUCACCACCACCCAAGGCCGUCAAGAAUUAUUGGUUGUAUUAGAAAAUUACCAUGGUGAUGUCAAAUACGCUCGUUAUGAUGCAUUCGAAGUAGGUCCCAAAUCGCAACGUUACAAAUUGAAGCUGGGUACGUAUAAAGGCGAUGCGGGCGAUUCGUUACGUUAUCAUGAAAAUGCAGGCUUUCACACCAAGGAUAACGACGAAACCAAAGAAUGUGUUAAAAAAUACAAGGGCGGCUGGUGGUAUAAAAAUUGCUUAAGAACCAAUCCAAAUGGAAUAUACUAUCGUACAGAAAAGGCACUAUUUCCUGGUACCGGAAUUUAUUGGCGAUCGUUCGUUGAUGCUGACGAAUCCUUAAAAGCAAUUAGAAUGAUGAUAAGACCUAAGGAUCCUUAACCAACUUUUCUUUUUUCAUACAUAUGUUGCAAUAAAGUAUAAUAAAGCAAAAUUAGCAAUUAAA